AUGGACGAAUUGUCUAAGGGCAUGUCACAAACAGGAAGCUCUUCUGUAACUGACAAAACUCAAGAAAAUGAUGGUUCGACGACGUCGCUUGUAUAUGUGAACGAGUCGUGCCUAGAGUGCGAGCGCGUGCGCGCGGCGUGCGAGCGGCUGGGCGCGGUGGAGGCGGCGCGUGCGGGCGACGCGCUGCCGCAGCCGCAGCCGCCGCCCGCGCCCCCCUCCUACCUUGUCACCACACCCUUUGAAGGCGAGCUCUUCGACGCUGCGCAUAGAGCCAAAUACAGGGUGCUCGGUCCGACUGCGGUGCUCCAGCUGGCGGAUCGCGACGAGCCCCCACCUGCCAAUGCCCGACCUCUUUAUUCGUUGGCUAUGCGCGGCGCUGUUAUAUGUUUUUCGGGGUUUCGAAAAAAAGAUGAGCUGACGUACCUGAUAACGCUGAUCCACUAUAUGGGAGGGUCGAUACGUAAGGACAUGUCAAGUAAGGUGACGCACCUGAUCGCGGCGGCGGCCACUGGUGACAAGUACCGGUACGCGACGGGGUUUGGGCUGCCAGUGCUGGCCCGUUCCUGGGUCGACGCCUGUUGGGAGAGACGAGACGACCCUGCCUGUUUUGCCACUGACGAUGUUGUAAUUAAAGAACACAAACUGAAGGUGUUCGCUGGUGCGCGGGUGUGUUUCGUUGGCUUCCCCGAGGAUGAGACGCAGCAUAUGGCGGACGUACUGGCGAGCAACGGCGGCGCUUCGUGCGCGCUCGACGACCCUGACUGCACGCAUGUCGUGGUAGAUGUACACAACACAGGAGUAGCUCCCGAGUGUUCGACGAAAGUCCACAUAGUCAAAGCCGAAUGGUUCUGGGCGUCUGUACAGAAUGAAGAGGCCCAGGAUGAACGGGAAUUUCUAUUUAAAGAUUAUCUAGACGAAGUGUCGCGGCGGUCGUCGGUGGGCGGUGCGUGCGCAGCGUCGACGGAGGAUGCGGGCGCGGGCGGCGGAGGGGGCGGCGGUGUGGGCGGGGGCGCGGGCGGCGCGGCGUCGGGUGCGGGCACGCCGUCGCAGCUGCAGCGGCUGCGCAAGCGCAAGCUGCGCGGCGGCGACUCGGCGCUGCACAAGCGCCGCUCCUCGCUCAGCGACGCCGUGCUGCUCAGCCUGUCCGGCAACCUGCUCGACUGCACGCCCUCGCCCGACGGCAAGCAGCUGCUCGAAGAAUCGGAAGUACCUGAUAAUGUGGUGCGAAAACUUAUGUCGCCAAGGCAACAAGUCUUCAUGGAGUUACUACAAACAGAAUCAAAUUAUGUAGGGAUAUUGCAUACAAUAGUCACUAUGUUUAAACAACCUUUAGAAGAGAUGGCCGAGGAGGACAGCAAUAACGGAAAAAAUCAAGCUUUGCUCAAUAACACGGAACUAAAGAUUAUUUUCGGAAACUUACCGCCUAUUUAUGAAUUACACCAACGGAUGCUUGAAGAAUUACAUUACGCUCAAUCGCAUUGGAGUGAGGAGGUGAGCAUCGGCAGGCUGGUGCUCAGGUAUACGCCGGACAUGGUGAAAGCGUACCCUCCCUUCGUCAACUUCUUCGAGAACACCAAAGAGAUGCUGCAGCAGUGCGAUCGUGAGAACCCUAGAUUUCAUGCAUUCCUGAAAAUAUGCCAGACAAGACCAGAGUGCGGUAGACAGAGUUUACAAGAAUUAUUAAUAAGACCAGUGCAGCGGUUACCCAGUAUAAGUUUGUUACUUGAUGAUAUACUGAAGCACACGCAUAAGAACAACCCGGACCACGCGGCACUAGUGUCUGCACUGGCCGGGCUGCGCGAGGUCAUGUCGCACAUCAACGAAGACAAGCGCAAGACCGAGGGCCAGCUGCAGAUGUUCGACAUCUACAACGACAUAGACCAGUGCCCGGCGCACCUCGUCUCAUCGCAUCGAUCGUUUGUGUCCCGUUGCGAAGUCGUCGAAUUAUCAAAAGAGCUCUCAGGAAGGGGUGACCAUCUUGUAUUAUUUUUAUUCACUGACACAAUGGAAGUAUGCAAAAAAAGAUCCAAGGCUUUUAACAGUAAAAGUCCCACUAACGGGAUGGGAACGAUGCGAUUAGGAUCUAGUAAACCCUACAGGCAUAUAUCGCUAAUGCCGCUUAGUACAGUCAAGCGUGUCGUCGAUAUCAGAGAAGCAGAAGAUUGUCACAACGUAUUUGCGCUGAUGUGCCGGAGUAAUCAAGAAUUAAAAGAAAAAUUAUAUUCAUUUAUGAUCACCGAUGAGACAGUUGACAAGUCAUACUUCCUUCGACAGCUCUGCAGACAAAUGGCCAACACAGUCUGCAAAGCUGAUGCCGACAAAUUUCUAGCGUGUCUGGAGUCACACCAACUCGAUAUCGAUACGAGCGAUCUCGCACUUAGUACACUCUCCAGGGUAUCAAAGUUUGCCGCACGGACUCGAAUUAAGGUGGGACGUGCGCUUUCUUUUAACAAGACGCCGUCGAAGUUGAAACGCGCGAUGUCAUCGAUGAUCUCGCCAUUCGGCUCUACGUCCAACUUGACGCCGGCAUCACAGCUGGCUCAGAUGAGACUGGCCAGCUGCAAUAAUAUCAACGAGAUGGGCACGAGCGGCGGCGGCGGCGCGGAGGGCGGCGAGGUGCUGGUGGCGCCGCUGUCCGUGCAGCCCACGCGCAAGGUCACCGCCGCCGCGCUGCGCCGCUUCUGA